GCAGUUUCUGUUGACACCGGAAGUGCCUCCACGAGCUUCCUGCUAUCUUCACCGGGACGCCCCCGUGUUUAAUGUUUCCAUGGGAACCGAACGCUUCCUGUUUGUGUAUGUGACGUUUCGGUUGUAAUUCUCACCGGAAGUCAUCUUAACUAACCUCAACCAACCUGAAUUUAACUAAUCUUAACUCAUCUUAACUAACUGAACUCACCGGAACCGUUAACGAUGUUUCUGAGUCAGAGAAGAACCGGGACCCCGGAGGUGACCGGACCGACUCCUCACACUGUGGCCGUGAGAGCAAAGCUGCCUCAGUGGCGUCGUGCAGACGAGCUGAUGAUGGACAGACGGAGGCAGGACGCCGCCCGAGACCAGCUCCUGAAGUUCAACAGGAAGCAGCAGAAUUGUGACAUCAAGAGCUCGUGGCUGAAGAGCUCAGAGCGUCAGUUCCUGAGCGGAACCGUCAACAGAGAAGUCCAAGCUGCUGUGAAACUGUAUGAGACCGACAUCGAACACCGGAGACACAGGCUCCAGGUUGUGUUGGCGGAGGAGGAGCAGCAGCUCCUGCAGGAGCUGGAGGAGACGAAGGAGACGUUGGAGGAGAGACAAGAGAAGAUGAGAGUGAGAGCUCAAACACUGAGGGAGAGGAGAGAGAGAGAGAGACAGCAGCUGGUGUCUGACAAACUGGAUCAGCAGUUCAGGGAGCAGUGCCAGGAGGUGCGGAGCAUUCACAGCAGACAGAGGGAGCAGCAGGUGAGGGAGGAGCAGACGGCUCUGGUGAGGAGUCGACAGCAGCAGCUGCAGCAGCAGCAGGAGGAGGACGAGCUGUUCCACGAGCUGUGGGAGGCCGAUCGACGAGCUAAAGAGGAGCAGGAGCAGCAGCGGGCGGAGAUGCAGCGGCAGAGGAACAUGGAGCAGCUGAACGGCCUCGACACUCAGGUGGAGGAGGCCGAGCUGAAGAGACGGACAGAGAAGGAGCAGAGAGAGGAGGAGGCUCGACUCAUGAGGCGCGAGGCGGAGGAGCAGGUCCUGCAGGGUCAGCAGCAGCAGCGUCAGAAGCUUCAGACUAGGCUGAGCAGACGACACGAGCUGGAUCAGGACUUCAGGAUGAAGAUGAAGCAUCGAGCUCGAGAUCAACAGGACGAGCUGCAGCUGGAUAUGAACAUACUGCAGCUGCUGCUCCAACAGGAAACAGACGAGAAACAGAAAGCUGCUCGGAGGAAGGUGGAGCUGUGUGAGGAACAGCAUCGGUACCGUGAGUAUCUGUCUGAGGAGCUGCAGCGACAGAGGAGGGAGGACGAUGAGACGGAACAGCUGAUCAAUGAGAAAAUGGAGGAGAACUGGAACAGAAAAGAAGAACAGAACCGUCUCCAGCAAGAGAACCGCAGGUGCAUAAUUAACGAAGUGGUGGAGGCUCAACGUCUGCAGAUCCAACGAAACAUUGACCUGAAGGAGCAGAAACGUGCUGGUGAUUGCAGAGAGAGAGACGAGUUGAACAGAAUGAUGGAGGAGAUGAAGGUGAAGGACGAGGAGGAGAGAAGAAGUGACAGACGGAGGUGUGAGGAGUAUGAGUUGGGGCUCAGGCGUCAGCUGAAUGAUCGUCAGCAGCUUCAGUCUGAACUCAGAGCUCAGAGUCAGAAAGAGGAGGAGCAGAGUGCGACGCUGCGGCAGAUCUACAACAACAGGAAACUCCAGGUCCUGGCUACGCCCAUCUCACACACCGCCGUCACACACCCAUUCAGGGGAGCAGGGACGUCCGGUCCGCCCCCACAGACCAUCAUCAAUCUGACCAGGAGUCAGAUCUGCUUCCAAAGUGACCGGAGACUUCAGUCACCUUCGACAUGAUGAUCAGUCUUUUUUAAUUACUGUUGGGGGGGGGGUGUUGCUGCCUGAACAAAGACCUUUAGACGUCGGCCUAAAGGAA